ACUCCGCGCAGAAAGAUGGCUGCGGUGGAGCGGACCCCGGUCAAGGAAGGGAUCCGGAUAGCUGUGCUGUGUGCGUUCUGGUACACAGUCAGUUCUGGAGGAAACAUCAUCAACAAAAUAAUCCUCAACGGAUUUCCGUAUCCCGUAACGGUUUCUCUCUUUCACAUCAUCUCCGUUGUUGUCUUCCUCCCGCCGCUGCUGCGGGCAUGGGGAGUCCCCAAAACAGAACUGCCGAGCAGGUACUACCGAUGGUACAUCCUGCCUUUAGCUUUCGGAAAAUACUUCGCGUCCGUUUCGGCUCACUUCAGCAUAUGGAAGGUGCCCGUUUCGUAUGCCCACACAGUAAAAGCCACAAUGCCAAUAUGGGUGGUGCUGUUAUCAAGAAUUAUAAUGAGGGAGAAGCAAACUACAAGGGUGUAUGUGUCGCUCAUCCCGAUCAUCGGUGGGGUUCUGCUGGCCACCAUGACCGAGCUCUCCUUUGAUGUGUCAGGGUUGAUCAGCGCCCUCGCUGCAACACUCUGCUUCUCUCUGCAGAACAUCUUCUCCAAAAAGGUGCUGCGUGACACAGGCGUGCAUCACCUGAGGCUUCUGAACAUCCUGGGCUUUAACGCCAUGUUCUUCAUGCUGCCCACCUGGGUUCUGGUGGACUUCUCUGUGUUUCUUGUCAGUGGGGAUCUGUCGGAGAUUUCAGGAUGGGCAGGCACCUUUUUCCUCCUCCUCAUCAGCGGCUUCUGUAAUUUUGCACAGAACGUCAUCGCUUUUAGUAUCCUGAACCUCGUCAGCCCUCUCAGCUAUGCAGUUGCCAACGCUACCAAGAGGAUCAUGGUCAUCAGUAUAUCUCUGUUCAUGUUGCGCAACCCAGUCACCCUCACCAAUGUCCUGGGAAUGAUGACAGCUAUUCUUGGGGUCUUCCUCUACAACAAGGCUAAAUAUGACGCCAACAAGCAGAAGAAGAAGCUGCCAACCAGCACGCAGGACCUGCUGUCUUUUGACAACCCGAUGCUAGAGAGGACCCAGGCAAACGGAUCCGGGCCGUACUCCUACAGCUCAGAACAGCAGCACAGCUGGAAUCCCGUGCUGACUGAUCACUUCCAGUACAGCGGACAGGCCUACACGGCAAACCACAGCGGCAACCACCAAUUUGUGGUUUAAUGGAGGGUGUGGUUCUCAUCGUGGUGACACCAGCAGAGUUUUUUUCUUUUUUCUUUAAACCUGCUCCAGAAUGACACUGAAGGCAAGUGCUGUUUGUGGAGGAUAAUCCAGAUGUGACGAGCCACCUGUGGCGUGCCAGAGAUGUUUGCCCUCCUACGUCCCUCCAUGUCUACACAUUGUUUUUGUUUUUACAGCCUCCCUGCUGAUUUUUUAUUUUAUUUAUUAUGAUGUUAAUAACUGUCGCAAACAUAAUCGGCCACUUCAGACAUUUUGAGGGGCGGUUGAGCCACACUAUACAGACACAGAAACGUUCAACAGUAGUUUAGGGUUGAAAUGGUGAAUAUUUCUUCCAUAAGCAGAAGACGCACCAGUAAGGCUUUCCCUGGCCGAUACAAUCACCUACUAAUUCCACUUUGAGAAAUUCUCAAGUCUAGAUCUAUGAUUUUGCUUUGCACGUAAAUGGAAAGUGAGGAAUUUAGGAGAUUAUCCUACCAUAUACAUCAAAGCAUAAUGUGUCUCACCUCUGUUUUUUGUUAAAUUCAAAAAGUAUACCACAACAAUAUCUGCUGCUGGGUGAUGAGUUUAUGGACUGAAAGAGGCGAGACCGCUUAGUUUUGAUGCAUUUUCAUGUGUAACGACAGAAAAUCCAAUUGGUCAGUAUUUGGACUGCAGAUCGGAUCCAGGACCAAACUGACCCCCUGGCUGAUUGAUUGUUGUGUCGGGAUCCAAAGUCCACCAUGUUGCAUUUGUAACAAACCAACACCAUAUUAUUGGUUUACUUUUUAGGUUUAUGGGCAUUUUUUUUUUUUUUUUUUUUUUUUAUCUGACCCAAUAGUUUUAUUGGGAGAAUCCGAGAAUAAAGCUUAAAAAAAUGAACCUGUUUACGUUUUAGAUUCUCAUCAAUUCAAUCGACUCAGCAGGAGAUCAGACUUUGAUUAUGAUGUAAGAUGAGCCUCAUUGAAGUUCUGAAAUAAUCCAUGCAUAAUCCAGGACCAUCCUGGUUAGUGAUCACAGCAAUUUGGAGCAAGUUUCUCUAAAAAUACAUGAACAUUUAGGGUGUUUGAGCUUAAAACGGGUUUUGGUUUGCUGGUUUUAAAGUGGAUUAUUUUCUCUUCUGUCUCCCCAAUUCCUGCUAAAUCAGCUGACUGGAAUUGUGUCCUGAAUUCCAGUCAAUUUGUAACUUAAAAACGGAUGUUUUAGUUUCUGUUCCUUCCGGACAUGUUUUUGUGGUUUACUUUAAGUUCUCCAUCUUUUGAAUACAAGUUGUGUAUGGGCACACCUUUAGGAUCUGUCCUCCUGUAUGUUUAAGAAUUGUUCAAAAGUAUUUUAUCAUUAAUGUGAAGACUGAGCAUUUAGUGGAAAGCAUAUCUGUCGCAUCUUUAACAAAGAUGUUUUGGAGCAAGAUGCAGGCCUCGUUUGCGGGAAGCAAAUCUUAUGCCUCCAACAUCAGAGGUCUUUAAUCCUAAAAGUGCCUGAUGAAGGGAAAUACCUUAAGUGAGGUAGUUUAGUUUGUUUCAUUUCUUCUAGGCAAAAAUUGACUCCUGUAAAUAUUCCCACAACCAGAAGAGUUUAAGCUACUUUUAAAAAUAAACAAACCUGCUUCUCAAAAGGGGAUCUUUGAGAAUACAGAAUAUUUACAGCUUUAAGCGAAGAGUGAGACCAAAACCAAAGGUCAGUGACCUCUCAGAUAUGUUCUGUUCGGCAGGGAGUUUAGGACCUGCUGUCCCGAUGUAAUAAUGGAGCAAGUCAAUGGAUCACAGAGGAAGUUUUCUGCAAGCUUUGGAGAUUUGUUUUAGUUA